AGUGGUUGUGUCUUUGCAUAUGUAACUUGUAAGCUGAUAACUUAUAAUGAUAUCAGCUUCAUAUUGAUAUGAAAUUCAUUUUUAAUUAACCAGUCUGUUCUAUCACACUUAUAAUUUCUAACAGGAGAUUGUCCGCUCCAUAUUCAACCAUUGAUCGUGUUCCGCUGUUCGGAUAUGUGGUGGAAACCACCCACUUUCCACAGAACAUGGAGCAUUUGAAUUAUCAUUUACGUGUUCUGAGGAAUCGGCCUCCGUUGAUUGCCUCUACCAAUUCUUCCCCUCAACUUCACUACAUUGGAGCCAUGCAGAUCAGUGUUGGCAUGGAUGAGAAAUGUGAUAUUGCCAACCUCAGCCAUUCAAUAGUUAGCAGAAAGUCACGAGAGCAGCAAAACAUAAGAAAGGAGGUUCGAUUAAUUGGUCAGAGUGACUCUACUGUAAGUAUUAGCAAUGAAGAAAUAAAGGAAAGAGAAAGACGAAAGAAAAUAGGACUAGCAAACAAAGGAAAAGUGCCAUGGAACAAAGGCAGGAAACACAGUGCAGAGACUUGCGAGCGCAUCAGGCAACAUACAAUAGAAGCCUUAAAAGACCCCAAGGUUAGAAAGAAGAUGUCCCAGCGCCCCCGCUCACAUAGUGAGGAGUCCAAGGCAAAAAUGAGUUCUUCACUCAGACGUCUUUGGGGACAGCGUUUAAAGUGGAAAAGGUCAAGGGAGAAGCUCUUUCUGUCAUGGGUAGAAAGCAUAACAGAGGCAGCUAAGACAGGUGGAAAUGAGCAACAAGAGCUAAACUGGGAUAGUUAUGAGAUUAUACGGGAAGAAUUAUAUCUGCAACAGCUGCAGCAGGCUGCCGAAAAGAAAAAGGCAAAGGAACGGGCAAAGAUGAGAGCCAAGGAAGCAGCGGCACGAGCUAAAGAAAAAAAGAAGGCACGGCUUGCUGUUGAGAGGAAAGCAGAUGGAGAGUUGACAUCUCUAAAAGGGCUGAAAGUUAAGCGGAGAUCAACGAAGCUUGACAGAAAGACUUUUACAAAUGCUCAAGUUGCUAGCCGAAGGAACAUAGUUGCAUCGCAAUUACGUAUCUCGGCUUUGGAGAAAUUGGAUGUAGAGCUCAUAAAGAAAGAAAAAAUGCGAGCAGAAGUUUCAUUUGCAGACCAGAUAAGAGCUGCCAAAAACAGAAAAGUGGAACAAGCUAUGGCUGCCCCAUGUACCGUGGUACUACACAACAAACCAGGGAUGCAUACACUUCUGCAGUCUCAGUAGUUUGUUACCAUAAGAGAAAAGGAAAAAGAAGAAAAAGGAAAGUGGUGAUUACUAUGAACUCCACCCCUACGCCUCCUGUGUUUUCAAUUUCAACAUCUCAUUACCCUAGAUUUUCAAACUAGACAG